GUGUGUCUCGCUGCCUCUUCUAUGAGGUGCGACUCACACGGCUUCCAACAUCCUCUGCUGUUACCAAGGCAUCGUAGAAGUCUAAUCUACACAGAAGACAGCUAUGUUGAGCUGUUCGUCUCACUGGCGUGGCCGGUGCCUCUGGAGAACGAGAACGUGGUGGCUUCGCUGGGCUUAACGGCCGACUACGACCUGCCCACCAACGCCAGUCAGCUCUACGAGCCGUACACCGUGGGCCGCGCGUCCAGGGCGGCGGCUGCGAGGGGCCGCGGCUUCGGACGUCUCGCCGUGUACAACGCGAUAGAAAAGUAUUUCACCAGGUAUGGUUUCGAGGGACGUGAUUGCCUACAGCGAACUAUAUGUGAAGUGGCAACAACGUCGGUUCGACACAACGGUUUGGUCGGCGAUCUUCUACACAUUAUAUUCACGCCGUCGACAUCUGCAGACGCGGAGCUGCCGGUGGCGUACCUGGAGGCGGAGGAGGCGGGCCGGCGGGGGGGCUGUGGCGCGCGCUUCCCGAGCUGCCCACACUCGCCGCUAGAUCUCGUCUCGGUCGACCUCGGCUCUCUGUGGUGCCUGCUUCUGGGCUCCUUCUUCAGUCAGAGCUCGGCCGAGUGGGAGCGACUGCUGUCCAGGCAGCGCAGGAAAGUGCUCUUCGUCGAUGCCAGCAGCAUGGGGAUACUGCUCGCGCUUGCGACGCCGAUCGACCUUCCGGGUCGGGACGUGUCCUUUUCGUACAACUUUGAAGCCAAUUACGCUCUGCCGAGCAACCUGACGCAGCUGCUCGAGUACGAUUUCACGCUGGUGCGGAGACAACGCUCCCUAGACCGACGCUCGGCCUACAGCCUGCUGGAGAAGCGCUUCGAGAGGGAAGGUCUAACGGGCCGUGCAUGCAUUCUCAGGACGGUCUGUGAAGUUGCAGAGACACCUUUAAGGCACAACGGCCUCGUCGGAGAUCUUAUGCACAUUUUCUUCACGCCUUCCACGUCGACGGAGGAGGGCCUGCCGCUGGAGUUCUCCGAGGCCGAGGAGCGCGGCAGGGCGGGGGCCGACUGCGCUGUCGCCUACCCCGCCUGCAGACACAGCCCGCUCGACCUGGUGUCCGUCGUCAUAUGACGUCACCGGCCCACCGCUG